AGUAAACAUUCUUAAUGGUAGACGCAGAUAGUGACGUUGUGAGACUCUCGGGGCACGAAACACGCGCUGAUAACUGUUUUUUUUUUGUGUGUGUGUGUGAAAAGGACUCGUGGCAACAUAAGAUGGCAGCUGUUUGGUUUCGGUCGCCACCGGCCAAUAGGAAAUCCCUUCAUUUUUACGUCGGUGCUGCUUGGCUUGAAUUGGCUUCAACUUCCAGUAAACUGUAUGACUGAAACUUGGCUUCGUUUCGAUGCUCGUCACCCAAAGCGAGAGCCGUCCUUUGAAACUACAUUUCGAUGCAUUUUCUGCGGUAGAGCGACACGGAAUAUUAUACUCCAGCGACGUUUGGGGCCUUAACUUGGAGCUGAACUUCCGCGUCGAGUUUGUUGUAGCAAUACAGUCAUUUUAACAGAUCAUUCCGCAGACAUCUUUGUUUUGACGUCUUUCCGAUCCCAAAGACCUCACCAGUGGGGCCUGAAGUGGACUUUACAUGGGUGCAACACAGAGCUGUGAUUCUGUCUCUUCGAUUCAGACUCCGUCAUCCCUUCCUAUCAUGUCAAAGUUCUCCGUUCCUCUGGAGGUCCUGGAAGAGAUCUUUUUGAAUCUUCCCCCUCAGCAGGUGGUCUUGAUUUGUCGGUUAGUGUGCCGUCAAUGGAAAGCCAUUGCUGACAGCCAGUUUUUGUGGAGAGACAGAUGCAGGAGAGAAGGCCAUCACCUGCUCAAUGCUUCCAGAGUUCCCCAAGACUGGCGCUCAUUUUACUUCUUGUGCAAGAAGAAACGGAAUCUUCUCAAGAACCCAUGGGGAGAAGAUGAAAUGAGAGGUUGGCAGAUACUGGAGAACAAAGGUGACCGCUGGAAAGUAGAGAAUGUCUUCGUGGCGCAUCCCAGGGAAGGCAUUAAGAGCAACUUCGUCACUUCAUAUGGCAUGUGCAGCAAAUCCCAGUUGAUUGAAUUGGAGUCCGAAGGUUACAACGCAUCAUUUAUGGAUCACAUACAGCCAGAUAUCAGGAUAUCCGACUGGUAUGCCCCUCGAUGGGACUGUGGCUGUCAAUACAAGAUCCAUGUGGAGCUGCUGAAUCAAAAGAAGAAGCCAAUUCAGAUAUUUUCCCCUGAUGAGAUUUAUUUUGAACAGUGGAACGAUGGCAAAUGGAAACAAAUAACACACGUUUUCCACAACUAUGGGCCAGGAGUCAGAUAUAUCCGCUUUGUCCAUGGUGGCAAGGACACACAGUUCUGGGCCGGAUGGUAUGGAAUUCGACUGACGGACAGUUGUGUCGAGAUCUGUCCCGCAAUGGAAACAUAGUUCCGUGGUCUUCACUAAAUGAGACGUGUCAGCACAGUUCCAGGAGUAGUAUCACAACAGAUGCAUUUCAAAUCCAACCGUUUUGUUUUGUAAGAGCUUCUUAUUGGCCUGCAACUGUGACCAGCCGUGAGUUAGUUGCCCUGCCACAACACUCGCAGGGUGUCUUUGUUGAUGUGCUGUUUGAGCUUUUGGCCUUUCUGAAAACGGAGACCGUGUUAGUUGGCUUUGAAACCUCCUACUUGUGACACAAGUCCUGGAGCCUUCCCUCCUGCAUUUUGCACUGUAUUGCACUAUUUUUGCAAAUGUCACAUAAGGAGCAUUUGCUACCACGCAAAAUUAAGCUUAUUUUGGUUGUAGUCAAGAAUUAUAUGAAUUAAAUUCCAUGUAAUGACUCUACAGUGGUUUCUUGAGAUAUAGAUGGGUCUGUUGCUUACAUUUGCAGAAAAAAUGCCACAUGAUAAAUAAAAUGCAAAAGACAAAUCAAAUCAGAUCACUAUUAAACAAGGUUUGGACAAAAUGCUCUCCUGCUCCUUCCACAAGUUGCUGCAGUAUACAAGCCUGAUGGCCUGAGGGACAAAUGAGUCCCUCAGUCUAUUGAAUUGAAUGUAUGUGUAACCUAUAUAUGGUGCUGUAUGUACAGCACAGAUGACAUCCAGAGCUUGUUGUCCAUCUGCUGCCCCAGAUACUUUUAUAUGGAGACCACCUCCCCAUCUAAACCCAUCGGUGGUAAUGAGGAAAUUAAGCACAACCUCCUUUGUUUUUGCGGUGGGAGGUUGAUCUGCUGGCACCACUCCACAAAGUCAGCAACCAGGCCACAUUACUUCCCUUCAUCUUUCUCCCUGAUAUAUGCCACAACUGCAGUGUCAUCAGAGAACUUUUGCACGUGAACAAAAACUGAGGUUUUAGGGGGGCUCACAGAGGUCCCCCCAACCCCAUCUUCCUCCAUCCGGGAAUUGGCAAGUGUGGCAGCCCCGGUGGUUCCCUUAGUGAAUCCCUCAUGACUGAUAGGCGAAGAGAAGCACUGCUUGUGUGUGAACCUGCGUUAAUGCCAAAUUGAAGAAUGUUACUGCGACAUAUGUAUGAAGAGCCAAUGGUCAUUAUGUUUUGCAAUUCACAUCAGUUGUCGUGGUGAUGGGCUGCCUUAUAAAUUCAUGCAUUACCCCACUAAUCAGACUUUGGUUAUGCAUGGCCCGAGUUAAUACAUUGAUAGCUGCAGCCCCACAUUGAACUCCCCAGUCACCUGUACACCUGCUGGAACAGGUUAAUGGCAUUUCCAUUCUUUUGAGAGUGGAAAGCUAAUUAGAGAGUAAGUGUUUUGAGUUACGAGCACGGUCACGGAAGUUGCAUAUCGAGGCACGGCUGUAUUACAUGCAAUUAGUUGUGAGGCUGAUAUUACAUUAGCCAUUCAGGCCAUGAUUGGAACUAACAGAAAAUGAUCUUGGUUUUAGCCGGUGGUUCUCCCAGUUAUUUGUCAAGUCGACCCAUUCUUUUCGCAGCUUUGGACAAAUCUAAGGCACAGAGCGGAACGCCAUAGGCAGUGAUCAAAAUGUAAUACCCAAGACUCACUGGCCACGUCCCGUUGUGAUGAAAGCAAUUGUCACCCAACAUCUAAUGACCUGACUGCGCAAAGCCAGAGCUGCUCUGUGAAUGCCUGGCACAGCAAUAAGCCGCGUUGGCCAGACCAAGGCGCCAAUUUGCCCGGUAGGCAGUUUGGAAGCCUCAUCAAUAAAUACUGUUGACUGAGAAGACAUGGAGAAAGCGAGCAGAUGGAAAUGACACUUGUUGAAAGUGAUCAAAAAACAAGAACUGUGUAGAAUUAUGCUAAUACUUUGACUUUUGAGACCAUCAGUCAUGAACCGGGAUGGCUUUUUUAUGUAUGUAUUUUUUUUAAGAAACACUGUUGGAUUGAUUAAUAUUUUUCUGUUUACCCACUAAAGGCAAACCUAUAGAAUGUGCAAUACAGUAGUUGUUUUGCCGUCAGAUGCUGUGUAUCUACUCGUGAUGAAAAUAGGUGUGCGAUAAUAAAUUGUUGACACCAAUCCGUGUGCUUACUUUUCAGACUGCUCCAACUUGUCCAUGUGACAUGUUUGUGCAAUAUAUCCUGCUCCUAACCUUUUCAACCAUAAAGACACACAAUUGCAUUAUCCGUCUCUUCAAAUACUGGUUUUAUUGUGAUGUGAUCACAAGGAAAAUACAGUACAGCUUGAUGUGUUAAAUUGAAAAGGGGAAAUCAAAAGAAACCCAUCAACACCUUAAGCAUCACUGGAACUUCUCUUUUAACUUGUGGUGUCAGUAAUGCACACUUAACAAUAAGUUAUGAAUUAUUCUUACGCUAUGUACAAAAUCAAUCAAUGAAUAUGCUGAACGAAAAAUGCAAACACUGUUAUUUGUGGCAUUUAAAAACAUUCACAGGAUCUGGAAUGAAGAGAGUGACCAUAUUUUGCAGCAAGUGUUACACCGCGCCGUGAUCUGAUGUAAUGAAGCCGCGCAUU